AGCAGUGGUUGUGCGCAUGCGGAGGUCAGGGUUGACAGUCUCCUCACAGUCGUGGAAGGAGUGCGGUGGCUAAGCUAACUGCAACUACCGCAACUAGCUACAUGUGGAGGGUAAAACGGGAGGCAUCCCCGACCCUAAAUCUGUCAAAAUUCCUCCUUUUUACCCAGAACAACUCUAAAGUUCAACCUCAUCGAAAAUAAGGGAUAAUAUCUGUUUACAAUGAAAGGUAGCCGGAUCGAGCUGGGGGAUGUUACGCCCCACAACAUUAAGCAGCUGAAACGCCUGAACCAGGUCAUCUUCCCUGUCAGCUACAAUGACAAGUUUUACAAAGAUGUAUUGGAAGUUGGAGAGCUUGCAAAGCUAGCGUACUUCAAUGACAUUGCGGUGGGUGCUGUGUGCUGCAGAGUGGACCACUCUCAGAACCAGAAGCGACUGUACAUCAUGACACUCGGCUGUUUAGCUCCCUACCGUAGACUUGGAAUUGGCACAAAGAUGCUGAACCAUGUGCUAAACAUCUGUGAGAAGGAUGGCACUUUUGACAACAUUUACCUUCAUGUGCAGAUCAGCAAUGAGUCAGCCAUUCACUUUUACCAGAAGUUUGGCUUUGAGAUCAUCGAAACAAAAAAGAAUUACUACAAGAGGAUAGAGCCCGCUGAUGCCCAUGUGUUGCAGAAGAGUCUGCGCAGCCCAUGUGCACCACCCACCGGAGAGCUUCAGAAAGCGGAGUAGGGGCGCACAGCAUUUGGAAAGAGCACAGACGUGCCCGCCUCUGCAGAAACAGAACUGUGACAAAUGCCCCAGGGUCGACAUUCAACACUUUCUUCAAAGGACGCUAAAAAGAGAAAACAAAUUUAAAGUACAAAAAAAUGCUGCAUUUAUUUUGCAAAGGGGUCCCCUUUGAAUUUUGCAUAUUUUAUUCCUCCCCUUUCCUCAUACAGAUAAUUGAAAAAUGACAAAAAGCUCAGUAUCCAAAAAUGCUAUCGACAAAGUUGCCAACUUCAGACAGUUUUAGACUUGGUGAAGGGGGAGGGUGUGGUGUUUGAAAAUCAUACUGUUUGUGUUUUGAGUUGUUUUUAUGCGGUUAUGAAGCUAAUGGGUACAUAUCUAUACAGUUGAACAAAAGAAAACAGUUGGUUUGAAGCUGUAAAAGUGUUUGAAAGACCGUCACUGACACACACAAGUCCCAGCUGGUCAGCUUGGAGUGAUACUUUCAGUUGUUAUGUGGAACAGUCAGGACUGUAUUCCGGUGCCACCUGAACCCUGGGAUUUAUGGGAACUGUGUCCGACCAGUUUGUUGAUAUGUCGUGUCCAGAGGGGAAAAGCAGAAAUGUAUCCCCUUGGCACAAGCGUAAGGAAGGCUGAACGGUUUUGAGGUGGUGGGAAGACGUCACCACUCAUUAUUUCUGAAUAACUUUAUUUUCCAGCCUGUUAAUUUAAUUCCCCUUCAACUGCUAUUUUUAUUUUUUACAUCAAAAUGGCAAAUGGUUCAGAGGUUCUCCUGGGUUUACAAAGUGUGAAAACAUUAAGGAAUAAGAGAAACAAACAAAACUUUGUAUUGAAUGUGUUUCUGACAAGGGAACUCAACAAUGUCUUGUGAGGGAUGUUUGAAUAACAACAGAUUGGCUAUGCUUGGGCAUUAUUUUCAGUAGUAAAAUGAAGGUGCGUGAGGAUGUGUGUCUCUAAAUGCAUGGAAGCAUUUUGAGACAUCUUACCUUAAACACCUUUGGCACAUUAUGUAGCCGCCUUGCAGAAAUUGUCUUCUCAAAGUUCCUGCCUCCAUCAGCCCCUGUUGUUACACACACCUUCAUUAGGUUUUAAAGCUCUGCAGAUAGUUGGGAAAUUUGAUAUGGUCUUUUGAACAGUGUUUUACCCCGAGGAAGCUCUGACCCUUCUGCAUGCAAGGAGAGUUGUGUCCUCUCCACUGUAGUAUAAGCAUGUUUUUCCUUUCUUUGAAGAAUUUUAUCUUUUCUGGAGCUCUAUAUUGUAAGACUUUUUAACGUCUAAAUAAAGGAAUUACUAUUUGCAGUAAA